UACAUAUCCAUGACUUAUCUUGAUUGAUGUCUGUCAAAGAUUUUAGGCCAAAGUUCUUGUUAGUGUUGUUUGCUUUUCUGGGUUUUCAAAACAUGAAUGAGAAAAUAAGAUUCUGAAAGUUGUAUUUGUUUUCUUUUCCUUCAUUUUCUUUGGGACCAAACGAAGAACUUCUUAGAAAUAAGUAUAUGUGUGAUGGUUGUUCUUCGCGAAGACUAUAUAUAUUUAUGCAUUCCUUUGAACAGAGAUGGAGCAUAUCAAAACUCCAUUCAAAGGUAUCAUAAAAGAUGUUAAAGGAAGAACGCCUUGUUAUGAACAAGAUUGGACUGGUGGCAUCCGUUCAGGAUUCGGAAUAUUAGCACCCACUACCUAUAUUUUCUUUGCUUCUGCUCUUCCUGUUAUUGCCUUCGGGGAGCAACUUAGUAGAGACACAGAUGGAAGCUUGAGCACAGUAGAAACAUUGGCUUCUACUGCUUUAUGCGGUAUCAUACACUCGAUUCUUGGUGGGCAACCUCUUAUGAUAUUAGGAGUUGCUGAACCAACUGUUAUUAUGUAUACUUAUUUGUACAACUUUGCUAAAGGAAGAGAAGAUUUGGGGCAGAAGCUCUUCUUGGCUUGGGCUGGAUGGGUAUGCGUCUGGACAGCCCUUCUGCUACUGCUUCUUGCAGUAUUCAAUGCCUGCACCAUAAUCAACAGGUUUACAAGGGUUGCAGGCGAACUUUUUGGCAUGUUGAUUGCUGUUCUAUUCAUUCAACAGGCUAUUAAGGGAAUGGUGAACGAGUUCGAGAUUCCAAAAACUGAAGACGCAAAGCUAGAGAAGUAUCAAUUCCAAUGGCUUUACAUAAAUGGAUUAUUGGGUAUAAUUUUCACCUUUGGCCUUCUUUACACCGGAUUAAAAAGCAGAAAGGCGAGAUCAUGGUGGUAUGGCACAGGGUGGUUUAGAAGUUUCAUUGCGGACUACGGGGUUCCACUAAUGGUUGUGGUGUGGACAGCACUUUCAUUUAGCAUACCGAGCAAAGUUCCUUCUGGAGUUCCUAGAAGACUCUUUAGUCCUCUUCCUUGGGAGUCUGCAUCCCUGGGCCAUUGGACUGUAAUCAAGGAUAUGGGAAAUGUUCCUACAGCAUACAUCUUUGCUGCCAUAAUUCCUGCUGUGAUGAUAGCAGGACUCUACUUUUUCGACCAUAGCGUUGCAUCGCAACUGGCGCAACAGAAGGAGUUCAAUCUUAAAAACCCUUCUGCAUAUCAUUAUGACAUCCUGUUGCUGGGAUUCAUGACUUUGCUUUGUGGAUUAAUUGGACUACCUCCUUCUAAUGGAGUCCUACCUCAGUCUCCAAUGCACACAAAGAGCCUCGCUGUCCUCAAAAGACAGUUGAUCAGGAGGAAGAUGGUGGAGAGUGCUAAAGAAAGCAUCAAGCAGAAAGCUAGCAACACCGAAAUAUAUGGCAAGAUGCAAGCUAUUUUCAUAGAAAUAGAUAGCAGUCCUGUUACUACAGUAGCUAAAGAGCUAAAAGACUUAAAGGAGGCAAUCAUGAAAGGGGAAAACAAUGGAGAAAAUCCAAAAGACACAUUUGAUCCUGAGAAGCAUAUCGAUGCUUACUUGCCUGUCAGAGUUAAUGAGCAGAGAGUGAGCAAUUUGCUGCAGUCACUACUCGUGGCAGCAUCAGUAUGUGCGAUGCCUGCAAUAAAGCUGAUACCUACAUCAGUCCUUUGGGGCUAUUUCGCAUACAUGGCCAUUGACAGUCUUCCUGGAAACCAGUUCUGGGAAAGAAUUCUACUCCUCUUCAUCACGCCUAGCAGGCGCUACAAGGUGCUGGAGGCCGUUCAUGCUUCUUUCGUGGAGUUAGUUCCAUUCAAGCAGAUUGCUAUGUUUACGAUCUUCCAAUUAGUGUACUUCUUGGUAUGUUUUGGUGUGACAUGGAUUCCGAUAGCUGGAAUUCUGUUCCCGUUGCCAUUCUUUGUUCUGAUUGGUGUAAGGCAGUACAUGCUUCCCAAGUUGUUUAGUCCACAUCAUCUUCGAGAACUAGAUGCAGCCGAGUAUGAGGAGAUCACCGGCGCCCGGCGGCUAGCUCCGAGCCUCUCCUUCAGGGAAAAAGAAGGAGGUGGUCUGGGAAAUGAGGAAGGGAAGGUGGAAGUGUGUGAUGCUGAGAUGUUAGAUGAGCUAACUACCAGCAGAGGGGAAUUCAAAGUUAGAACUGUAAGCUUCCACGAAGAGAAUCGCGGUCAGGUGUAUCCUGAGGAAAUUGUCGAGCAAGAUGAUUAGAUGAAUUGGGUUUGGCAAUUGGCAUGGACUUGUAAAGAAUGAGUCAUUUUGUACAGAAUCAUUUUGUGCUGUUUACAAUUUGUAGAUUGCGAAAUAGCACUAAAGAAGAAGUAGAGAAUUUCUAGCGUUCAUCAUAUCAUUGCUAAAUAAGCAACACUCUCUCGUUUCAUAUCAUAUUUGAUGGGUUUGGAUUGAACUUGAGCUCACAAAAAGAGAACAGCCACACAUGGAAAAUGCAAUCACCACAGUUAAAAAGAAAGAAAAGUGCAACCACCAGACGAAGAUCUUCGCUGUAUCAUGUAUGGACUACAAUCUUCUCCUUCACUUGGCUAACUCUGCUGAUUUCAUGGUGUGCUUAGACAGACACAUACAAUUAUAAACCGACAAAAUUACUAGCAACUGGUAGUGAGAGUGCAGCAAGCCAGCAAUUCACUUGUUAUCUGGUUGAUACAAAAACAAAAAGACUCUUUAUAUUUGAGGUCACAUAUUCUGCUUAGCAGUGUACAAAAUACUGCUAUGGUCUAAAGCUUUUUCUCUUGAUUCUACAGUAUGCGACAAUUUAGUCCUUGAGAUAAAUUGUUUCUGUGAGCUUCACCAGGCCCUAAUAUUUUUGGUGUUAUUUGUAUGCACAAUUAUGGGCAAUCUAGCACUAGUAAAAUCUGUCAUUGAUGAGUU